AUGCUAAAUACCAUACGACCUUUAUUGCUUGACAAAGGUUACGAAUUGUUAGACUACAUUAACAAAGGUGGCUUCGGGAGCUGCUACCUUGUUCGCAGCACUAAAUACCAAAUGAAUUUUGUCUGCAAAAUUUCUCAAAAUCCAGAAUAUGAAUCAAAGUAUUUGAAUUCAUUCAGCCGAGAAGUUAAUGCCCUUACACAUUUAAACCAUCCAAAUGUUGUCCGAGUUUAUGACGUUUUUACCAUUGAGAAUUACUUAGCAAUAAUCCUUGAAUAUUGCUCAGGUGGUACUCUCCAUUCUAGAUUAGAUGAAUUCACACGUAUUCCAAUAGAUAAAACCAUUAAUUAUACCCGACAAAUUUUGGAUGCCUUAUGCUACAUGCACUCCAAAGGAAUUACACAUAGUGACAUCAAGCCAGCAAAUAUCCUAAUUGAUGAAUUCGAUCGAGUGAAGAUAUGUAACUUCGGAUUAUCCCAAUUUGGAAAACAAAAUGAAAAAAAUUCAGUCAAUUUUUGUGGAUCAACACAUUAUAUGGCUCCUGAGAUAUUGAUGAAUAAUAAAUAUGAUCCAUUCAAAGCAGAUGUUUGGUCUUUAGGAGUUACACUUUAUUAUCUUUUCUCCGGUAAGCUUCCAUUCCUUUGCUCAAAGAAUUCAUACCUUGUUGAAGCUAUGAGAAUCGGACAUGAAAAAAUAUCAUUCGUCCCAAAAAAUGUUAAUACAUUAAUUGAUCUUUGUUUAAGAUUUGACGCACAGACUCGUCCAAAUAUAUUUCAAAUCAAGAAAUGCUUUGAUGAAAACUUUGUCAAUCCCCUUCCUUUGAUGAAAAUUAAAAUGGAUUCAACAUUACUUAGAAGAUCAGCCCAACAAUCAAUCAUUAAGAUGUCAAAGAGAGUCAAACGUCCAAUUGAGAACACAAUUGCUUAG